AGAAAAUAUUUAUUUAAAUAAUACUGAUGGAAAAUUUUGAAAAUAAUAAAAUAAAUGAAGCAUUCCAUUUAUUACGUCAAGAAGCUAAAGAUUUAUAUUUAUCGAAGAAAAUAGCAACGAUAAAUAUUGAUGAAAUUAAAAAAAACCCACUAAAAUUUCAUCGUGAUUUUAUUUCUCAUAAUAUACCAGUUUUAAUUAAAAAUGCACUAUCUAAUUGGCCGGCAAUUUAUAAAUGGAGCGCUUCGUAUUUUCGUGAAAUACUUCCAGAUAAAUUAGUAACAGUUGCCGUAACUCCAAACGGUUACGCAGAUGCAAUAGUAUCUGAAAAUGGAAAAAAAUUAUUCACUUUACCCGAAGAACGCGAAAUGAAUAUGUCGACAUUUUUAGACAAACUAGAUAAUCCUGUUGAUGAUGAAAUUUAUUACAUCCAACAACAAAAUUCAAAUUUUGAAAAUCGUUUUCACGAAUUAUGGAGAGAUGUUGAUAUUGUUCCAUGGGCUAGUGAACUUUUUGGUAAAGAUCCUGACGCUAUUAAUUUUUGGAUGGGUGAUAAACGUGCAAUUACAUCAAUGCACAAAGAUCCAUACGAAAAUAUAUAUUGUGUAGUGGAGGGAGAAAAAGAAUUUAUUUUGCAUCCACCGACAGAUUUACCAUGGAUACCAUAUGAAAAGUAUCCAUCAGCUACUUACAAAAAACAAAGAAAUAAUAAAUGGGAUAUAAUUUAUAAUGAAAAUAUUAAUUCAUCCCAAGAGUUGGACAAUCUUGAUUCGGAAAAUUUAAUACCAUGGAUCUCAAUUGAUCCUUUAAAUCCUGAUUAUGCCAACUAUCCGCAAUAUAAGAAUGUCACAACAAUAAAAGUAAAAGUAAAAAAAGGUGAAGUACUCUAUUUACCAUCAUUAUGGUUCCAUCAUGUCCAACAAUCACAUGGAUGCAUAGCAGUUAAUUAUUGGUACGACAUGAAUUAUGACAUUAAAUACGCAUAUUUUAAAUUUAUGGAAUCACUGUGCCAAUAAAAAAAAUGAAUCGUCAAGACAAACUGUUUAAAUUGACUACUAUCAUGAU